AUGUCUUUAAAUACUCGUAUAAAACGAAAAAAAGAACUUCAACAAGAAUAUAUUGAACAAAAUGGAUUAAUAUUUCAACUACCUGAUGAAACACUUCUUUCAAUAUUUAAAUAUUUUACAAUAGAUGAACUUAUUCGUGUUGCUAGGUUUUUAUUAUUAAAAUUUUUACGUCGUUUUCCUCGUAAUUGUACAGAAGUAUUAAAAAUUUCUGGUGGAUUGUAUCAUAAUAAUUUAGGUAAACCACCUCCAUUUACUGCACAAUUAAAUUCUUUAAUUCAAAUAUCUUAUCCAAAUCUUCGUUAUUUAUAUUUAUCACAAUAUGAUUUUCAUAUUAAUCAAACUGCUAUUCGAAAUAUAACAUGUUUACCAUCAAAUCUUUAUGGUAUUUAUUUAAAUAAAUAUGAAAUUAUAAUACCAACAAGAAUAUUUAUUAAUACAAUUAUUUCAUAUAGUAAUACAUUUCGUCUACUUUAUUUAAGUGAAACACAAAUUACUGAUGAUACAAUUCAUUCUCUAUGUCGAAAAUUAAAACGUUUAAAUAUAUUUAAUAUCAAAAAUUGUAAACAUAUUACAAAAAAUAUAGUUGAAAAUUUAUUAACAUUAAAACAAUUUGCAAAAAUUAAUAGCAAAUGA